UGUGUGUGUGUGUGUGUGUGUGUGUGUGUGUGUGUCUAUAAAUCCACACCCAUUUUUAACCAGAAACGUCCAGAAUACAUUUCUAACAAGAGCACUGGCCAAGACAGCUCCUUCUGAGAGAUUCUCUAGAAGACAUGAUGCUACACUCAGCUUCAGCUCUCUGCCUAUUACUCGUCACAGUUUCUUCCAACCUUGCCAUUGCAAUAAGAAAGGAAAAGAGGCCUCCUCAGACACUCUCAAGAGGAUGGGGAGAUGACAUCACUUGGGUACAAACUUAUGAAGAAGGUCUCUUUUAUGCUCAGAAAAGGUUGUCCCCUUACUCUUUUGUUUCCUUGGCUGUUCAGAAGCUUCUCAGUAAGAAGCCAUUAAUGGUUAUUCAUCACCUGGAGGAUUGUCAAUAUUCCCAAGGACUAAAAAGAGUAUUUGCCCAAAAUGAAGAAAUACAAGAAAUGGCUCAGGAUAAAUUCAUCAUGCUAAACCUUAUGCAUGAGACCACCGAUAAGAAUUUAUCACCUGAUGGGCAAUAUGUGCCUAGAAUCAUGUUUGUAGACCCUUCUUUAACAGUCAGGGCUGAUAUAACUGGAAGAUACUCUAACAGAUUGUAUACAUAUGAGCCUCAGGACUUACCCCUAUUGAUAGACAACAUGAAGAAAGCAUUAAGACUUAUUCAGAUAGAGUUAUAAGGGAUGACGGAAAAAUGCCUUCACUUCAAAGAAGUCAAAUUUCAUGGAGAAAACCUCUGGAACACCGACAAAUACUAAAUGUGCAAGUAUAGAGAUUUUGUAAUAUUACUAUUUAGUUUUUUUUAAUGUGUUUGCAAUAGUCUUAUUACAAUAAAUGUUUUUUUUUAAUCUGA